AUGAACAAAUUUAUGUUAUUUCUAUUUGCAACCUGCCUACUGACAAUCUUCCACGUCAACGAAGCUGGAUUCUUAAGGGAGGUGGCUAAACCUUUCGAAAGAAUUGGAAAAGAAAUCAGACGAGAAGUUAAAGAUGUUGGUAAAGUGUUAGAAAAAACCGGCAAACAAGUGCAGAAAGUCGGUAAAAAAAUGGAGCACGUCGUACGACACGUGAAGAAGGAACUGAUGAAGAUAAAAGACAACGUCAUCCGCCCCAUCAUACGUCCCAUCAAGAGCAUCACUGGCCCUAUCGCGGAAAUCGAUAAGAUGAUUGACAAGGAGCUUGGACCAAAUGAAAAACCCAAAUAA